AGCAAACUCCAGCGAAGGGGAAGUCGAAAGUGCGAUACCGUUACUUUAAGGAUGGGUACCUAAGUUUCUAUCACUAGUUUGUUGCUUAGGAUCCACUGUUUCAGUUGUUGCAGGACUCGGCCGGUUAGCUUGCAUCAAAUGAGAUAAGCAAGUAGAGAUGGGCUGUUAUAUACAUUCCCCAGGGCUCAUUGAGAGCCGUUCCAUGGCUUUUGUAACUUCCUUUCCCACAGCGGGCAUUAUAUUUGCAACAAGCAAUAUAACCGAGGUAAGAGUUUGUCUACCUCUAACACGCGCAUAGCCAAGCGCCCUUUCUUUCAAAAUGUUUAUCGCGUCCUUUCUAGAGCACCGUCGUCUGUCAACCAUUUCAAUCACUUGUAAUUCCUGGGCCCUAACAGAAAAGUCAGAAUAAUCGGCUGGAUGACUUCCACCACAGAGGCAGCAUCGCUCAUCUUGGGCACUACAAUCAUUUUGAGCAUGCUUUUCGCCACGUGUACAACAAUGCUGACUUGUCUUGCACUCUGCACUGCUAUGGCCAUAUCGCCAGCAAUUACGACGUUGUAGCGGGUGCGAUGCCAGAGGUUCAACUCUGAAUACAAGGGGCACACCUUUAGUUCUGAUGGACAGGAUGUUCCUGCGAAUGUUCCAAUCACCGGUUCUAUUGGGACCCUCUUAUUGUCUACCACUCGAUUGCAUAAACAGCAAUUACUCCAGUCCCAGACAAUCUCUCUAGUACUUCUGAUGCAGAUAGAUCAGCAUCGACACCUCUGACUAUUCCCUUAGUGCAAGUGAGGUGAGCAGGGAUGAAGGCACUCACCGGCAAUGACGCAAAUGAUGAACACGUAAGUAAAUUCGCGACACAGGUCUGGUCUGGUGAUCUACACACGAUAACUCCGCGGCAGAACUGUCUCAAUUCCGUGAUGGUCUGGUUUGAAUAAGUAGCAGCACGUAGAUAUUUCUGGAUAUAUCCUUGGUGUUGGUCAGCCGUAUCGAGCCUCCAUUGAAAUGAACCAGAGCCACCGGGAUGCUGCUCACACCACCGCGGAUGAACGAACCCAGAGGUAAUUGAUCUAUCGGAAUAGAGGCCGCCCAAGGGGAUAAACCGUUCCCGGGGGAGUUUUUGGACAUCAGCCUAGGAUGAAGCAGUCGUAACAAUAAUUAAGAGCUCAAUAUUUGCUGCUGGUGAUUGGUCAAAUGUGUACGGGCUUUUUUGGUGAAAGCGAAUGCUUAUGCUACUGCACAUCACUUCGUUCUUGUACUACCGCUUGUUUGCUACUUUGUUCCUUUCCUAUUUUUGUAACAGAUUCCAAUCCUUUGCCUGGUUGUUCUUCGCCUUUUUAUUUUUUUCAGUAUUAUUUUCUAGUGUUUGCACAUUGCGCAUGAUUGAUACAGUGUUGAUUCUCUUUGCUUGGCAAACUGGUUGCAAUUUUUCCUCGGUGGUGUUGCUUCAUUUCGUGUGUGCAGCAUUUAUGUUUUCGAAAUGAUAAUUUUAACCUGUGUGUGAUAUUUGCUUUAAGUGCUCUGUCUAGAAGCUUAUUUUUUCGCGAUUAAUUUUUCUUUUUGUUGCUUUUUCUUGUAGGCACAAUGCGCUUGACUGUACACUAUUAAACUUUCUUACGAUAUUCAUGUUCCUUGUAUGAAAAACUGCUUAGGCCGCAUUCAUGGCUUUAUACCUACCCUAACGGAUGUGGAUUGUUUUCUUUUUUUUCAUUUUUCUAUAUUUUUUGUGUGUACGUGCGUGUGCACAGCGCACAUGUUUACAUAAUGUCGAUUCUUUUUUCUUUAAAACAUGAUUAUACAUUUUGUAAUGCCCUUCUGCUAUGAUCUCAGCUGAGUGUGGCAGUAUUGAAAAUAAACAAAUAAAAUAAAUAACAAAUAAGAUUAGAAAAGCCUGAUGCCCCCCCCCCCCCCCAAAAAAAAAAAAAAAAAAAAAAAACCUGGCCAAGUGACGUUCGCACCGAGCCAACAUGCCGGCUUUCAAUUUGCCGCCAUCCCUUUUUUCCCCUUCGUCGUCUUUGUGCUGCCUCUGUCUUUCUUUCGUGUGCCGAUUCAGUCCUGCUUUGAGGUACGCGUGCGUAACGUCAUUCUAAUGUAAGUUGCUGGCCUCUCCCUGGCUCUUUAUGUUUUUUUUUAUAUUGAAUCAUGGUAAGUAUAAUAAUAAACGCCGACCAGCACGCUACCAGCAAUAAUUUUGGAAGUAGAGAGGAGAAGAAGAAGAAACUGAUGCCACGUCAAAGAGCGAAGAAGCGAACCACUUCGCACGGUUAGGGCCAAGCGUCAGUUCGAUUUCAAUGAGCCAUCGGGCUAGCUCGUCCAAGCCAGGAGACGUCCUCGAUCUUGAGAUCGGAAGUGAUGACGAUGACUUUCUCGGUGAAGUUAAGUCUCCCACGUGUUCAGCGAAACCCGCAGCUCAGCGUCCACAGCCGCCAUCGCUAAGCGCAGCGGGUGCGGCGCGCCCGCUUGGCGCAUCGUCACAGCCGGACCCCACGGCUCAGCUUCAGGGGGACGGAAGCAGCGGCACUGCUUCGCCCUCUCCCGAGCACCGGGCGAGGAAAACUGGCGCAGAUCGUCCCGGGCAUCCGGACCUGCGGGAUAAGUUGAAUCUCAUCAGGUGCCACCGACGACGCAAGUCCAAGCGCCGGCGAUCGCGCUCCGGCGGCGAUCUCCGCACGCAGCUGAGCGACAACCGCGAGCGCGCCGAUCACGACGCCGACGAAGAGCCGAGAGCGCCAACGGUGGGGGCCCCGUCGGGAGGGAGGCGAGCGGUGUUCAGGGGCGGCAGCAGGGCAGGAAACGGGGGGUCGCAGGAAUGCGCGUCAAGGAUUUGCCCGUCGAAGAAAGGCCUACGUAGACCUGGACCGCCCUGCGGAAGAAGACGUGGACGACAUCCUAGCUGCGGGACCUCACCAUGCGUUCACCGCUGCUCAUUACCGGCAAGUUGUGUUCCGCCAGAACCCCGGGAGCAGUGCACCGGCUUCCUGCGAGCAUGAAGGGCCGUGAAAGACACAUCCCGAGUGCCGGAACCCAGUGGUGGAAACAGCAGCGUCUGGGCGGCGGCGGCACGGACAUCGGUGCCGUGAAAAUUGGCAAGGUCAAUUGAAAGACGGAAGAAGGGUCGGAGAAAUCGUGAGCCUUUCCGGCGCCACUUCUGCUCGCCGCUCCGAAAGGAUCAGCGGUGCCCGAGACGUGUCAAGCGCUGCUCAAUGUUCAACACGAGUUCCAGGCGUUGGUGUCUA